AUGCCUCGAAGAAAGUUAAGCGUGACGCAAAGGCAAAUCAGUCUGGAAAGGCAACGACAGCUUGCUACCGAACGGAAACGCCGAUACCGAUCAUGCGAAUCCUAUCGGCAGGCAGAAAGAGUACGCGAUGCUGUAGCUCACCGACUGCUGCGAUCCCGUCCCGUUUCAACGAUUUCUGUUGAGGAUGCUUCUGAUGAACCCAGCACAAGUCGCAGUCUGCAGCAAACAGUUUCAGGGAAAGAGAGAGAAUUGCAAAUGUCGAAGCUAUACGACAUCGUCGACGAACAGGCUCUGAAUACCAGGAAGGGGAAAGGAUUGCAAACGCUGAAGCUAUGCGACAACGUCGACAGGCGGACUCUGAAUACCAAGAAAUGGAAAGAAUUGCAAAUGCUGACGCCGACAAACGGACGCUGA